AUGGAGGCUAGUAAGAAGGAAGAGAUGGCUAUUAAUUUGGAAAUGGCCCAAAAUUAUAGUCUGCUUCUGGAAGAGCAGUGGAGACGCUUCAACCAAGCCCUGGAAAAGGUGGAGAUAUCUUGUGGCGUGGAAUUCCAGGUGGAAGAAGAAGCACGUAUUCAAGCUGAGGAAUGGUGCCUGCUCUCAAAGAGCAAUUUUGACAAAUUGCUAGCCGCGCAUCCUUCAGUAGUUCAAAUUGAAGUCGCCUACAACCCACAACAUUCGCCCACGGAUGCCCCUGUUGCAACUGCAUCCAUACAAUUGCCGAAAAUACAGUUAACAACAUUUGACGGCAGACCAUCGGACUGGGUAUCUUUCCACGAUACAUUUUGUUCCUUGAUACACACAAACACCAGCAUCACAGAUGGUCAAAAGAUGCAUUACUUACGCAGUUGCCUUAAAGGGAAAGCUUUACAAGCUAUCAGCGGACUUAAAGUAGGUGACGCAAAUUACUCCGAGGCCUGGAACAUUUUAAUAGAUCGCUAUAAGGUUAUGCGAUUAUUAGUGGAAACGCAUUUACAUGCAAUUUUCACAAUAGAGAAGUCUACAAAAGACACAGCCGCAUCAAUUAAGUCAAUACAUGGAUUUGUAUUGCAACACAUUGCUGCUUUACGUGCACUUGGCCGCCCGUAG